UUUGAAAAAGAAAACGGUGUUAAAAAUUAACAAGUGGUCAAUGGGUAUUUAAAGCAAGAAAAUGGCAGUGGAUGAGGGAGCCAUUAUGUUUGGCUUGGCAGAGAACCAACAAUACUGACCAGGCAGUGAAGGAUAUUUAUUUAAUAUUUCUCUCGUACACAUGUAGGAUACUAUAGUGUGGAAUCAAUUAGGCCAGUCGGGAACCUUUUCUGUGUCUUAAAAAAAUGAUAAGACGACGCUUUGUUUGUUACCAUGUGGUCGGUGUUUGCAUUUUAUACUCCUCAAACAGUGGAAACAAUCGACUGGUAACAAUAGGCUUCCCGUGACGAGAGUUGAAAAUCUUUGCCCCAGGCUACGGGCACCUGUUAAUUGGCCUGUCACACCGACUCCAGUGUUAAUCCCGUGAGGAAUUCUUUUUACAAACACCGCCCUCAGUUAUAUCAAACCAGUGACGCCAUGUUGGACGACAGCGACACCACGCGGCUAGAAAUACGAAAAGGAAAGUUUGUGUUCAAAUUGGCGGUCAGAGGAAAUGGAGAGAAUUUACCUAAAUUUCUAAAACAAGAAGGAGACCAAGAAUUGUUCACGGAGAAAAAGCCCGGAUCUGUUGAGGGGUACUCUGGACCAGACAGAUACAGAGAUUCCGGGGAGGGAGGCAGUGAUUCUGACAGUAUGUGUGGAUUUCCACCAAUACAAGUGUGUAAAAGUCAUCCGGGCUCCUGGAAAUCAUCAAAUUUAAAUUUCAUUAAAAAUGAAAAUGAACUAGAGGAACGGAGAAUCAAACAAAACGAUGAAUGUAUUAUUCAUGGAGAUGGAUAUGCAAAUGUAAAUGACGAAGCUGAAGUUGUAAUAGAAACUAAACCGUUUGAGUUUGUUACUGAUCAUGUGAAUGACUUUGUGAAUCACGCACGUGAUAUUGACGAGGGUGGACAGAAUGACAGUGAUGGACAGUGUGAAUACGAUUACAUUCUGGACUUGGACGACUCUCGAUCUCAGUCCCCUUUUAUGAAUGGAAACUCUACAUCCUUAACUGAUCUAAAUAAUGCUGAAUUUAAAAACGUUAAUGAAGAGAACAAUUGUCAUACACGCACAGAGUGUACACUCAAAGACAUGAAAACUUGCGAUAAUCAUGUAAGCCAAGAUAAUAUUGAUGAACUUCCAAGAUAUAAAAAUUGUAAAGCAGACAAUAUGAAUACUGAACAAGAGCAGAACGACGAUUCUCAUUCUCGGUUUAACAAAAUGGUGGACGUUGACGACGGAGACGAGACAGAGACUGAAUUUGAUCCACUUGAGGGCGACGAAUGGGAAGGAAUGAAAACAGUGCAAUCGAACAUCACUUCCGGAAUGAAUAGAAGAGACGUAGACAAAAGCUUAGGGGCUAAAGGUGGCGCUACUGAUGAAGAGAAUUCGUCUGAUGACGAUGAUCUCAUUAGUCAGUACGUAACCUAUAUGCCAAGGGAGAUCAGUCGAUCGGUCAAUUCAAAGAGGCGCGCCGCGCGCGAGCCUCCAACUUCCGCGACUUACAGACGGUGCAGUUCCGAAUUAUCUCGCUAUUUUUGUGAGAAAUGUGGGAUAUCAUAUAAAUCGUUUUCAGACUAUCAAACCCACAAAAGGACACACAAAAAGAACAAAUGCGAAGUAUGUUUCAAGCAAUUUAAAAAUGCGAAAGGUCUUCUUAAGCAUUCAAACAUUCACACAGGCGACAAUUUAUCGACUUGUUCUUUUUGUAGGAAAACAUUUAAUUAUAAGAAAAAUCUUUAUCAUCAUAUUCACAAAAUACAUUCGUCGCAUCUAUCUUACGAAAAAGUUACCGAAAUUAUAAGUGCUAAAAACGAGAAGUCGUCAUCUUUUAAAUCGAAUAAAUCGUGUUCCGAAAAACUUAAGACAGAAGGAUUGAAGGCAGAAGAUGCAUCAGGCGCGAAAAGGGCGAUCGGGAGUCAGCCAGUUGAAUAUACACGAAAGAGGAAAGGAAUUUUGCUUAAGGAGUGCUCUGUUUGUAUAAAAAAGUUCGAGCCCCGGAUUUUAGAACGGCACAUGCGCUCACACACUGGAGAGCGUCCACACGCUUGUGAUAUGUGUCCGUUUAGAUGUUCCCAGCUUGGUAAUCUCAACAAACACAAAGCACACGUACAUGAGAGGAAGGAGGGAGACCAGAUACUGAGAUACAAAUGUGACAAGUGUGACAAGCGAUUUUACGACAAAACCCACUUACGACGCCACGCCCUCACACAUUUUGAGAAGUCUGUGAAACAUUACGAAUGCCCUGUAUGUAAGAAACAGUUUCGGUUUGACAGUGGACUACGGAGGCACAUGCAGCUUCGCAAAGACGGACUAAAGAUCAGCUGUGGUAUUUGUAACAGACAAUUCUAUGAUUCCUCUGGACUGAAGAAACAUCUUGAACAACACACAAGCCAGCUGCCUUACAGAUGUGAACCAUGUCAGUGUUCAUUCAACUCAGUCCACGCCCUAAGAAGACACAAAGCCAGUCAUACUGGAACCAAGAGAUCACGUGUAACAAAAGCUUCUCCAGCAAGGAAAGAAACAAAUGAAAAUCGAACACGCACAAAUAAGUGAACUUCCGGUGUUUUUAUGUGUAUCACACUCCUAUGUGAACAAUGCACCGUUAAUUGGAAAACUCCAUAAUGAACUCCGUGUAAAGAUUGUUUAAAGAGAAAAUAAGAAAAACAAAUAUGCUAUUGUUUAUAGACUGUGAUAAUUUACAAAAAUUUGAAGUGUCAAGAUAUUGAAAGUAUGUAUCAUGUAACUACUGAUUUUGAAAGACAAAAUGAGUUUCUCGUGGAAGAGGAAAACUCAUUUCUUUAGCUGAUACUAGGAACAUAUGUUUUUAAUGAAUAGAAAUACUCUCA